CUGCUCUCAGCAGCACAGACGUACCUGCACGCCUGCGCUAAGCUCUCCCAUCCCCCCGCCCAUUUCCCUGCAUCAUUUGUCCCUUUGCUCCUUUUAUAGGACGGGACAGCUAGCGUUUGCAUUUAGACUGAAACAGAGAGAUAGGUGGAGAGAACGUGAAACAGAGGGAGGCAGAGGGGCCAUAUGACACAAAGCACAGAGAGAGAGAGACCAGAGCAUUUGAAAGAGGGGGAGGGAGGCUGCAGACAUCGAUACCGUUAACAAUGGAGCAUUAGGAUCCAGAGAGCUGAUAGUCAGCCAGACAACGGCUGAGGGUAAAGACAUUUGAGGACGGAGGCUCCUCCUUGGUGAGCGCAGGGGUAGGAGGAUGGGCCUCGAAAACAGACUUGCAAUGGCACUGCAAAAAUUGGAUUAAAACAGUAUGCUGGACAAGAGUGAGGUAGCAACUCUAGGCCUACCCUCCACCACCAGCCAUGGAGGCUCUGACAGUAAUAUCAGUGCGGACGGAGCGGGGGCAGCGUCUGGGGUCAUAGCUGGUGCUGCCGAGGGUCCGGGGACCUGCGAGCCACAGCGGACACGUGCUGCUCUGGAGCAUCUGCAGCAAAAGAUCCUGAAGGUCACAGAGCAGAUCCGUGUUGAACAGGAGGCCCGCGACGACAACGUUGCAGAAUACCUGAAGUUGGCCCACAAUGCAGACAAACAGCAGGCAUCCAGAAUCAAGCAGGUGUUUGAGAAGAAGAACCAGAAGUCAGCACAGACCAUUGCACAUUUGCACAAGAAGCUAGAACACUAUCACAAGAAGCUAAAGGAAAUAGAACAAAAUGGACCGGCACGCCAGCCAAAGGAUGUCCUGCGGGACAUGCAGCAAGGAUUAAAGGACGUGGGAGCUAAUGUUCGUGCUGGGAUAAGUGGUUUUGGAGGUGGAGUAGUUGAAGGGGUUAAAGGUGGUGUGUCUGCCCUCACUCACACAGCUGUCGUCUCCAAGCCGAGAGAGUUUGCCAGUCUUAUCAGGAACAAGUUUGGCAGCGCAGAUAACAUUGCACACCUAAAGGACACACUUGAUGAAGGAGUCGGGGGCCACUCUGAAGAUACCCCCACGCCUCGUGCGCUGAGUGGAAGUGCCACUCUGGUUUCCAGCCCAAAGUACGGCAGCGACGAUGAGUGCUCCAGCGCCACAUCUGGCUCUGGAGCAGGCAGUAAUUCUGGUGGGGCUGGAGGAGGAGGGGGGAUGUUGGGGCCAACAAUGGGGAGUCCCAGACUGGAUGGGCAUCACCACCACCACCACCACAUGCACAGUUCCUGGGACUCUCUACUUGAGGGCCUGCAGGAGAUUAAAGCCAGCCAGGCACACAUGGAGGAUGCCAUUGAGGACAUGAAGGGCCAGCUGCAGAGUGACUAUUCCUACAUGGCACAGUGCCUGCAAGAAGAGAGAUACAGGUAUGAGCGACUUGAAGAGCAGCUGAAUGACUUAACCGAGCUGCACCAGAAUGAGAUGACCAACCUUAAACAGGAACUUGCCAGCAUGGAGGAAAAAGUGGCCUACCAGUCAUAUGAGAGAGCAAGGGAUAUUCAGGAGGCUGUGGAGUCAUGUCUGACCCGUAUCACUAAGCUGGAGCUGCAGCAGCAACAGCAGCAGGUUGUGCAGCUGGAGGGGGUGGAGAACGCCAACGCUCGGGUUCUGCUGGGCAAACUCAUCAAUGUCAUCCUUACGCUCAUGGCCGUGCUGCUGGUCUUUGUCUCCACAUUGGCCAACUUCAUCACCCCGCUGAUGAAGACCCGAGCCCGGGUGGCUGCCACCGUCUUGCUGGCCUUGCUGCUGUUCAUCUUGUGGAGGCAGUGGGACUUUGUGGAGCUCUGGCUGCUGCCAAGUUGAGCUCCCUGUGAGAUGCUCCAGAGGCGACCAGAACAGAGAGUCACCAGCUGCUUUCAACUCAAGUCACUGCCACCUGAAGGAUGCAAGGACUGAAACAGUGGGAAUAUCUGGGAACAGAGCAAGGCACUUAGCUGAGGACAGGACCUGCCUGCAGAGUGUGCUGCGUGUGUUUACAAUGAAAAAAGACAAAAGACAUCUUUUCAUCUCACCCAGAUCUAUUGGUAUUGAUGACUGAUCGACUACAUUACGGUCACCAAAAACUGAGUUUGUUGCGAGACAACUUUGGAUCAUCUUUUCUAAGUAUUUAUGAUACAUGAAUUACAAAGAUUAGAGCAACUUAUGACUAUAAAAUGCUGAUCACGUUUGCUGUAACCUUUAGGUUGAAGUUAAGAGAUUUUUUUCAUGCAUGUCCACUGAGAUGCAGAUAUCUAGAUGGCAUGAGUUAACAUUUCAUUAAUGACAGAAUGACUCUUCUAUACCUGCCAUUUUGUUAUCGAAGACACAGUGCAGAUAUGUAGUAUCUCGCUCAGCGUUCAUGGUCUGUUUCUCAUCCUGGUGUUGAAGCAUUAAGACACAUUUUUCUUUUUGUCUUUUUCUUCAAGUCAAAUGAACAGUUUCAAAAACAUUAUCUGCUAAUAAUUUAGCAUAGUAAUUCAACUAUCUAUAAUCUUUUGUCUAUAAAUGUUAUUUCAUUACCACUAUUGUAGAGCUGCUUCUAUUCACAGUGUCAAACUAACUGGCAUGUCAAAUUGUAUCAAAGUUUAUAUCCAGUUUGCAAAAAAUAAUUAUUGCUGUUUUAUUAAGCAAUGUAAGAAAUAAAUGAUUUCAUAAAUUAGGAUGAUCUGGGAUAUAUCCUUAUUCUUUACUAGAACUGGAACUUCUGAUUAAAUGUUUUUCAGCAAUUAAGAUGUUACACAAUUUAAGAGAUAAAAAUAAUGGUACCACUUUCUAAUGAUAGAUCAUUUUUAAAGCGUUUAUAAGUAAAUAUCUUUAUAAAGCCAUUAUUUAAAACAAACCAAAAAAGUGUAGAGACAUAAUCUUAAGAAAUGAUUUACAUUUAAUGCCCUCAUCAGCAGCAUCUCUGUCUGAACCAGAUUCAGACUUUUAAAUAAGGAUUAGAAAAGCUACAGAUCCAUGUGUUAAUCUUGUGGAUUAUUUCAGUACUACUUUGCUGUAUUUUUCUGUUAUGAGGCUAAAUUUGUGAAAAGAUGGUUUGAACAUGAAUAUGGAUGUAACCUAUAAUGUUAUAAAUGCUGCAGCAUGGAGGUACAUCCAAUGUACUGGACUACAUUGUAUUUAGAGAUGCCUCUAUAGCUUUGUCCUCCUCAGCUACAUACAUGAGUCAAAAUAUUAGGAACACCACCUUUAACUAUGACCGUC